AUGGAAAGAGAACCUCAAGAUCCGUUGCUGGACCUACAAUUGGUUUCCUCUUCCGUAUCACGUGCGUUUCGCCUAUUCACCAACUGUGAAACGAUGGAAUCCAAAAAUACAACAAUAAUGAAGGCUAUUGAAUCGGUAACAAAUCAACGGAAUGCGUUUUACACCGAGGCUCGUAAAUCAAUCGCAUGUGUAGAAGCUUUACGAAGACACGCUGAGGACGUAUUAAAUUAUAUCAAAAUACUUCAAGAUCAAGAAAACACCCUGGAGGACAGACGAUCAAGUUUGGACAAACUUUUAGAAGAUGCAAAAGAGAAUAGAGCAAAAUGGAUAACAAUGAAAGAAUCUUUUGAACAGAUAAGAGGAUCUCUAUCUGCAACACACACAGAGCUUACCAGACAUAAAUUCGAACUUCCGGCUAAAGAGAGGGAGAGAAAAUCCAAGAAAAGAAAUUUAGACGAAUUAAAUAGUUUAAUUACAAUCAAGUAUACGGUGGCAGCGGGUAGUAUGUUUUUUUGUAUCCUAUUGUUUGUAUUUAGUGCGUUGCCCGACUUUCAUUAUUUGCAACACGCUGCCCAAGUUUGUCUUGUUGCUGGAAUAUCGGUUUUCUAUUGGGUGAUUUCUGAUCACAAGACCAUCCGCAAGAUUAAAGAUGAAUUAGAUGAAAUGGACGAUACCUUGGAUAAUAGCCCUGAAAAGAUUAAGGACUUGAGAGGAACCCUUGAUCCAAUCGUUGAAUGCAUGGUCGAAUUCGAAGUGUUUUGGGAAACAGAGGAAAACAGAAUAUCCCAUCUCAUUCGGAAUUUAGAAUCUAACCAAAGGCCGGACGAUAAAGAUUUACUCAAUUGGAGUAUUUCGACUGCACCUAUCAGAAACAAAUGGUGCGGAGUCCAGCAACAAUGUGAUAGCUACAGAAAUGUAGUUAGCCAGCUUUUGAAAAGCAUCGGAGACUAA